CGUUGCGCAUGCGCGUCGAUUAACAAAAUUUCAAGGUGGUUUUUAAUUAGUCCCGUGGCAUUGUGUCCAUUCAAAAAAAGUGUCGCAAUUUUGUUUUAAAAACAACUAUACGCAUUGUGUUAUACAUCGUGUACGUUAUGCAUGCGUCACACACGCGUAUUAUAUAUACGGAAAAACCGCGAUGAGACUCGCUCGUUGAGUUUAAUUCGACUGGAAGUGCGUGAUGGUGCAGGAGCUCGAAAUUCAAAACGGGAGGUUAACCGUUAAUAAAAAGACCGCCGUGAUCGACUGGAUCGAUUACGUUGACCCGUCGAUUACAUACGAUGAAUUCUUCUCGAAAUAUCUAGCGGAGAACAAGCCGUGUAUCUUCAAGUCGAGUAUAACAGAUAAUUGGUCGUGCAAGAGGCAAUGGAGUUUGGACGGUGCGCCGGACUUCGAUGUUCUCGACAUAUCGUUUGGAGAUUGCGUGGUGCCAAUCGCCGAUUGCAAAACGAGGUACUACAAUUCACAGUCCAAGGACGACAUGACAAUGAAGGACUAUUUGAAUUACUGGAUGGACUAUGUCAAGAAUAAUUACCCGGAUUCUAUGCCGCUUCUGUACUUGAAGGACUGGCACUGCCAGAAGCUGUUUCCAAAUGCUCCUAUGUACACUGUACCUGAGUACUUUGCGUCUGACUGGCUGAACGAGUAUUACAUGGCGCAUCCCGACUUGAAUGAUGAUUACAGAUUCGUGUACAUGGGUCCCAAGGGAACAUGGACACCAUUGCACGCAGAUAUAUUUGGAUCCUACAGUUGGUCUGCCAAUAUAGUCGGAGAGAAACGUUGGCUACUCUUUCCACCAGGUCAGGAAGAUUUCCUUAGGGAUAUACAUGGUCAAUUAAUAUACGAUGCAACGUCCAAGGAACUUGAAAACUAUGCCGUGUACAAGGCCUACGACAAGCGAGCGAUAAAAUACAUCGACUUGAUUCAGAAAGAAGGCGAAAUUAUAUUUGUGCCAUCUGGAUGGCAUCAUCAAGUUUGGAAUAAAGAGGACACCGUUUCCCUCAAUCAUAAUUGGAUCAAUGGCUGUAAUAUCAUGGACGUGUGGCAUGGAUUGAAAAAGGAAUUGAAUUCUGUAAUGAAAGAAGUUAGCGACUGCAAGGACAUGAGCAAUUGGGCAGAACAGUGCCAAUUAAUAUUGAAAUCAACAUACGGAAUGGAUUAUAAUUUGUUUUUUGAUUUUCUGAAAUUUAUAGCUAAAAGACGUUUAAGCAUGGUACUAGAAAAACAGAACGUAAUUACCUUUAACAGGUACAAACUCGGAUUUAAUCACUGCGUAUUUGAUCUGCAUUCAAUAAAGUUGACGUUGAUAGAUUUUAUUAAUGACAUGGAAGAGAAGUCCAUUUAUUAUCUGAUCUGCGAGAAGCAGCAGGCUCAUAAAUUGUUAAAUAAGAUCUUAUUGUUUGUACAAACGUACGAUUCAACCACACAUUCGUCGACAUGAUGAAAAGACAAGAGGAUUAAAAAUGAAAUAAGAAAAUGAAAUAAUAAAAUCUUGUUUCUGUUUCUAAUAUGUAAAUAUUAUGUUGUAAAUAAUGUAUGAAUAUGUUAUGAAUAAAUUUUUAUAUAAUAUAA